AUGGAGCGGAGUUUAAGCAAGAGCAUCGACAGGCAGAAUGUGGCGCUGGCCAUGCCGUCGAGUGUGCGGGCCGGGAACCUGAAGGACCCGGAGGUGGCUGAGCUGUUCUGCAGGGAGGAUCCUGAGAAGCUCUUCACGGACCUGAGGGAGAUCGGCCAUGGGAGCUUCGGAGCAGUCUACUUUGCCCAUGAUAUCCGCACAAAUGAGGUGGUGGCAAUCAAGAAGAUGUCCUAUAGUGGCAAACAGUCCAACGAGAAAUGGCAGGAUAUCAUUAAGGAAGUGAAGUUUCUCCAGAAACUGCGCCACCCGAACACCGUGGAGUAUCGUGGCUGCUACCUGAGAGAGCACACGGCAUGGCUGGUGAUGGAAUAUUGCUUGGGUUCUGCCUCGGACCUCCUAGAAGUCCACAAGAAACCCCUCCAGGAAGUGGAAAUAGCUGCCAUAACCCAUGGUGCAUUGCAGGGCUUAGUGUAUCUUCAUUCCCACAACAUGAUUCACAGGGACGUGAAAGCAGGAAACAUCUUGCUAACGGAGCCCGGACAGGUCAAACUGGGAGACUUUGGCUCUGCCUCCAUAGUUGCUCCUGCUAACUCCUUCGUGGGAACACCUUACUGGAUGGCCCCUGAGGUGAUCCUGGCCAUGGAUGAGGGGCAGUAUGAUGGGAAGGUGGAUGUGUGGUCACUUGGCAUUACCUGCAUAGAGCUGGCGGAAAGGAAGCCUCCUCUGUUCAACAUGAAUGCUAUGAGUGCCUUAUACCACAUCGCCCAAAAUGAGAGUCCUGUGUUGCAGUCUAACCACUGGUCGGAUUAUUUCAGAAAUUUUGUGGACUCCUGUUUGCAAAAGAUUGCUCAGGACAGACCUACCUCUGAUGUGUUGCUCAAGCACCACUUCUUAUGUAGAGAACGCCCCGUGACGGUUGUGAUGGACCUGAUCGCACGCACCAAGGAUGCUGUAAGGGAGCUAGACAACCUUCAGUACCGGAAGAUGAAGAAAAUCCUCUUUCACGAGGCACACAACGGUCCAGCACCAGAAGGAGGGGAUGAGGAAGAGGAUGUGGAGCAGUACAUGUUACGAACCGGCACAGUCAACAGCAUGGAGAGCUCCCACUCUCUGCCCUCCAUGUCCAUCAGCGCCAGCUCCCAGAGCAGCUCGGUCAACAGCCUGGCAGACGGCUCCGACGACAGUGGGGAGAUGGCCAUGAUGCAGGAGGGAGAGCACACCGUCACCUCCAACAGCUCUGUCCUGCACAAGCCCCUGCGUAACAAUAUUAUGAUAAGAGCCAUGACAAUAUCUACGAUGAUCCUUAUCAGCCGGAAGUUGACUCCCAGCGAGAGGCCUCGUCUGGUGGUGGUGGUGGUGGUGGAGGAGGAGGGGGGGGAGGAGGAGGAGGAGGAGGGGGAGGGGGAGGAGGCGGUGGGAGACGUCGACGUGGCUGCGACCAUUUUGCCACCAUCAGGACAGCAUCACUGGUACAAGCGGAUGCGGCGCCAGCACCAGAAACAGCUGAUGGGGCUGGAGAACAAGUUGAAGGCAGAGAUGGACGAGCACCAGCUGAGGCUGGACAAAGAGUUGGAGAAUCAGAGGAACAAUUUCUCAAUGGAAGGAGAAAAGCUGUCCAAGAAGCACCUGGGCAUAAUGGACAAGGAGACGAAGGCUGUUCUGACUGAAGAGAAGAAGUUUCAGCAGCACAUACUGACCCAGCAAAAGAAGGAGCUGACCGGUCUGCUAGAGUCCCAGAAAAGGCAGUACAGACAGCGCAAGGAGCAGCUCAAAGAGGAACUGAAUGAGAACCAGUCGACACCAAAGCGGGAGAAGCAGGAGUGGUUGGUGCACCAGAAGGAGUGUCUGCAGCAGCUGCAGGCCGAGGAGGAGGCCAACCUGCUGCGGAGGCAGAGGCAGUAUUAUGAGCUCCAGUGUCGCCAGACCUAA